AUGGCUCUGACUGUGUGUGCGGCGACUAACAGGGCUGCCAGACACCCAUGACCGACAAGUGAGGCUCAGCUUUCGAGAUUCAAUUCUGAGUAGGUUUUACCCAGAAAACGAGGAGAAUUCAUCAUGGUUGAGAGGCAGAUAUUGGUGAGGUGACUCUUCCGUUGGCCACACUAUGGGGCUCCUCCGGCUGGGGAGUGUCUGUCUGUUCAGGUGGUCAAUUGCAGCCAUGUGUUCAGCCCCAGAUCUCUGGGGACACUUGUGAUCUCCCUGCAGCAGCUACAGACUGCCGGGCAUUUGGUGCUGUGGGAGGCCUUAGUGGACAAGAAUCUGCGUGUGUCUCCAGUCCAGGUGGAACUUGACCUGAAAUAUCAGCCUCCAGAGGGUGCAACUGGAAUCUGGGCACAAGAGAAUUUUGGAGCACCCAUUCGGGACAGCUCAGAGCUGAUCAUCCCCAAUGUGGGCUUCCAGGAGCUGGAGCCUGGGGAGGCCCGGCUGGAGCGGCAGGCAGUGGCACUGGGCUGCAGGCUAGCUCGAGGAGCAGGUCAGCAGGAUGAUGAGGACAACGAGCUGGAGCUGGAGCUGAAGCUGGACGAUGAGCCUGAUGUGGAGCUUUCUGCCAUUGUGUUCAGCCCGCUCAAAAGCCGAGCUCGGGGCCUGGCCUGCGGCGAUCCUUUCCAGGUGUCCAGGGCCCAGGACUUCCAGGUGGGGGUCACGGUGCUGGAGGCCCAGAAGCUGGUGGGAGUCAACAUUAACCCUUAUGUGGCCGUGCGCGUUGGAGAGCAACGCCGAGUGACUGCCACGCACCGCGGCACCAAUUGCCCCUUCUACAACGAGUACUUCUUGUUGGAAUUUCACGAGACCCGGCUUCACCUCCAGAACUUGCUGCUGGAAAUCACGGUGAGAGGGUUAGGGGUGAGAGGUUGCCAUCAGAGAAGGACAGAUGCUGAGAUCCAGACUAACGCCGCCUUUCCCCAGGCUUUCCAUUCGCAGACCCUUCCCUUUAUGGCCACUCGGAUUGGCACCUUCAGGAUGGACCUGGGCAUGAUCUUCGACCAGCCAGGUACUGAACCACCACCCCACGAUGGCCACUACUAUCAGAAAUGGGCCCCACUGCAUGACCCCCGGGACACCGGCGCCGGGACCAAAGGCUUCGUCAAGGUCACUUUGUCCGUGAGGGCGCGUGGGGAUCUGCCCCCUCCACUGCCACCACCGGACCCGGGCCACAGUUAGAACGUCGAGAAGAACCUGUUGCUGCCGCGUCGGGUGCCAGCGGAGAGGCCGUGGGCGCGGCUGAGAGUGCGUGUGUACCGCGCGGAGGGGCUUCCAGCGCUGCGCCCCGGGCUGCUGGACCAGCGCGUUCCCGUGGACCCCUACGUGCGGGUGGCUUUCCUGGGGCAGCAGGGCGAGACGUCGGUGCGCAGUGAGACCAUGGCGCUCGAGUGGAACGAGCAGCUGAGCUUCUUGGAGCUCUUCCCGCCGCUAACGCGCGGCCUUCGUCUGCAGCCAAGGGACGAUACACCCCUCGUAGAUGCGGCCCUCGCCACGCACGUGCUGGACCUGACACAGAUCUCGCAUUCCGGCCGCGCGGCGGGGUUUAACCCCACCUUCGGCCCAACCUGGGUACCUCUCUAUGGCUCGCCCCCCAGUACGGGUCUCCGGGAUGGUCUUCAGAAUCUCAAUGAAGGUGAUGGCCAAGGCAUUUGUUUCCGAGGCCGACUGCUGGUGGCCGUGUCCAUGGAAGUGUUGGAAGGGAGAACUGAACCCGAGCCUCCCCAGGCCCCACAGGGGUCCAGGUUGUCUCGGCUCACAGGAAAGAAGAAGAAAGCCAGGCGUGGCCAGAUUCCUACAGGGAUACAGCAGCACCGGGAUGCCAGCUCCAGUGUUGAUGCGCCUGAGAUUCCUAGUGCCAUGGAGGUGGAAGUGGAGGAAUUGCUGCCGCUGCCAGAGAAUGCCCUGGCGCCCUGUGAAGAUUUCCUGCUCUUCGCUGUGCUCUUCGAGGCCACCAUGAUCGACCCGGCCAUGGCUGCCCAGCCCAUCAGCUUUGAGAUCUCCAUCGGUGAUGCAGGUCACAGAAAGGAGCAGUUGAGCCAAGGGUCCAGGGCAGGGGAGGAAGCAGAGGACACAGAAGGGGAGGAACAGCUCCUGCUGGAGUCAGACAUGGGAGUGGGGCCAGUGGAGGAGGAGGAGCUGGGAACCCCAGCUCAGCGGCCCAAGCCCAUGGAUGGCAGUGGGCCUUACUUCUGCUUGCCCCUACGUCACCGCAAGCCCUGUGUGAGUGUGUGGAGCCGCUGGGAGAAUCACUUGUGGCGUCUGCAGAGCAGUAACUGUGUGCGGAGAGUGGCCGAGAGGCUGGACCAGGGGUUGCAGGAGGUUGAGACACUGCAGCGCCGGCCAGGACCUGGGGCCUGCACACGGCUGAAGCAGGCACUGAAAGAGCUGGUGGCAGGCAGCAGACAGUUUUGCCACGGUGCUGAGCGCAGGACAACGACCCGGCCCAACGCCCUGGAUCAAUGCCGAGGGAAACUGCUGGUGUAUAGCCUAAACCUGUUGGCAAAGCAAGGAUUGUGGCUCUUACGGGGCCUGAGUCAGAGAAACGUGCCAGAGAAAGGGGCGCUGGCCAAGAAGCUCCUGGUGAAAUUGCGCUUCCUGGCCCAGGAGGUAAUGCCUUACCAUCCAUUGCUCUGAAUAGAGGACCCACCCCAGUCGCCCCUCCCGGGUGUGCUGGUCUGGAUGUUAAGUGGGCGGUGCCGUGUGGCCUGGGCCCGGAUUCCUGCCGAGGAUGUGCUGUUCUCUGUUGUGGAGGAGGAACGGGACCAGGACUGUGGGAAGAUCCAGAGCCUGCUGCUCAGAGCACCAGGGGCAGCCCCUGGUGAGGUCUGUGCCAAGCUGGAGCUCUUCCUGUGGCUGGGGCUGGGCAAGCAAGCCACUGCCUGCACUGCAGAGCUCCCCAUGGACCUGCUGCCUGAGUCCUCAGCUGGGCUGCCCCAAAGCCUGUACCGGGACAACUUCAGCUACUUGCAGCUCCGGGCCCACUUGUACCAGACCCUAGGGGUGCUGGCAGCAGAUAACAGUGGGCUCUUGGACCCCUUUGCUCGAGUCCUCAUCUCUACGCAGUAACAGACCACGCGGGUCCUGAAGCAGAAGCUGAGCCCCCUGUGGGAUGAACUCUUGGUGUUUGAUCAGCCGAUCGUGGACGGGAGGAGGGAACACCUGCAAGAUGAGCCCCCACCAGUGAUUGUCAGUGUCUUUGACCACAAUAAGUUCGGCCCCGAUGUGUUCCUGGGCAGGGCGCUGCCCGCCCCGAGGGUGAAGUUGAUGAAGGACCCUUACCAACGUCCCGAACUGCAGUUCUUCCCCCUGAGGAAGGGGCCCCGGGCAGCGGGGGAGCUCAUCGCCACCUUUGAACUCAUUGAACUGGACUACAGUAGCGGGCUUGAGCCCUCAGUGCCCAGUGAUGUGGAGCCCCAGGACCUGACCCUCCUGGCUGAGCCCCUCUCUGGACGCCUGUCCCUGCCGCCCCACGUGCACCCGGGAGCCCCUGAAUCUCCCACUUCCCAACUCCAAGUACUGUUCCGGGGUCUCAGGGGCCGUGGCCGCGUGCAUCUGCUUGAGGUGGAGCAGCCCCAGGUGGUGCCGGAGGUGGCGGGGCGACGAGUGGAGUCCGAGGUCCUGGCCAGUUACCGUGAGAAUCCCAAUUUCACCGAGCUCCUCAAGCAUCUGACGGUGGUGAGAACAUGGGCUGGGGCCAAGAAAGAUCCAGGUCCUCUCUCCCACCCCUAGGACUUGCCGGAGCAGCCUUACCUGCAGCCCCCUCUCAGCGUCCUGGUGAUCGAGCGCCGGGCCUUUGGCCGCACGGUGCUUGUGGGGUCCCAUGUUGUCCCCCACAUGCUGAGAUUCACUCUCUGGGGUCAAGAGGAUGCCCCUGAGGAGCAAGAAGAGGAGGAGGCAGGGGACCUGGUCCCCAAGGAACCUCAAGGACAGAGGUCCCUGGACCCCUUCAGGGCCAACAUGGGGACACUCAGACAGUUCCUGAAGGCUCCUCUGAAGAAGCUGCCUCUGGGAGGCCUCCUGAAUCAAGGCCCAGGGCUGGAGGAGGACAUCCCAGAGCCUGAAGAGCUUGACUGGUGGUCCAAGUACUAUGCAUCACUGCAGGAGCUCCAGGGCCAGGCCAACUUUGAUGAGGAUGAAAUGGAUGACCCUGGGGAUUCAGAUGGGGUUCACCCCAUUUCUGUGGAUGGGGAAGCCCACGACCAGAGUGAGGCUGAAGUCAAAGGCUCUGUGUCCCAGAAAAAAGCAUUCACCACUCUGAAGAUUUACAACACCACUCUGGAGGAAGAGUUUGACCACUUUGAAGACUGGCUGAAUGUGUUCCUGUACCAUGGGCAGGGGGGUCAGGGUGGAGAUGGAGAGGAUGAAGGGUCUGGAAAGCUUGUGGGCAAGUUCAAGGACUCCUUCCUCAUUUACCCAGAAUCCUUCUCUGAGCCCCAGAUCCCCCGGGGGAUCCCACAGAACCGGCCCAUCAAGCUCCUGGUUAGAGUAUAUGUGGUGAGGGCUACCAACCUGGCUCCUGAAGACCCCAGUGGCAAAGCAGACCCCUAUGUGGUGGUGAGCGCUGGCCGGGAGCGGCUGGACCCCAAGGAACGAUACAUCCCCAAGCAGCUGAAUCUCAUCUAGGGAGAGGUCCUGGAACUCAGCAUUUCUCUCCCUGCUGAGCCUCAGCUGACCGUAGCUGUGUUUGACCAUGACCUCGUGGGUUCUGAUGACCUCAUCGGAGAGACCCACAUUGAUCUGGAAAACCGAUUCUAUAGCCACCACAGGGCGGACUGUGGGCUGGCGUCCCAGUAUGAUGUGUGAGUCCCACAGGGCCCUUGGGAGGAUGGGUACAAUGCCUGGCAUGAUGCAUUCCGGCCUUUGCAGAUCCUGGCAGGGCUAUGCCAGUGCUGUGGCCUCCCCCCACCUGAAUAUUGAGUCGAGACUGUCAAGGCGGGCAGCAAACCCUUUCUGACACCGCCAGAGACCCUGCCCCCAGAUGUCUCUGAGGAGGCCCAGGCAUUGCUGGUGCUGCAGCGCUGGCAGGAGAUGCCAGGGCUUGGGAUCCAGCUGGUACCUGAGCACGUAGAAACACGGUCCCUCUACCAUCCCCGCAGCCCAGGGCUGCUGCAGGGGUCUCCUCACAUGUGGAUUGACAUCUUCCGAGACGUGCCUGCCCCACCCCCAGUUGACAUCAAGCCUCGGCAGCCAAUCAGCUAUGAGCUCUGAGUCGUCAUCUGGAACACGGAGGAUGUAGUUCUGGAUGACGUGAACCCGCUCACUGGAGAGGUGUCGAGUGACAUCUAUGUGAAAAGCUGGGUGAAAGGGCUGGAGCAUGACAAACAGGAGACCGUUCACUUCAACUGUCUGACCGGGGAGGGGAACUUCAACUGGCGCUUCGUGUUCUGCUUUGACUACCUGCCCAUGGAGCGCGAGGUGAGCAUCCGGCACCGCCCUGAACCCUUUGCCCUGGAAGAAGCUGAAUUCCAGCAGCCGGCUAUGCUAGUCCUGCAGGUCUGGGACUAUGACCGCAUCUCUGCCAACGACUUCCUCGGAUCCCUGGAGCUGCAGCUAACAGACAUGGUGUGAGGGGCCCGGGGCCCCGAGCUCUGCUCUGUGCGGCUGGCCCAGGAUGGGGCCGCACCCAGGUGUAACUUGUUUUGCUGCCACCGCUUGUGGGGCUGGUGGCCGGUAGUGAAGCUGCAGGAGCUGGAGGACGAGGAGCGGGAGCAGCGGGAGGCUCAGACUGGCAGGAAGAAAAGGAAAGGCCAGUGGGGAGACUUAGAGUUCUGGGACUCAGGAGGCAAUGUCUACAUCCUCACGGGAAAGGUAGAGGCAGAGUUUGAGCUGCUGACUGUGGAGGAGGUUGAGAAACGGCCAGUGGGGAAGGGGCGCAAGGAGCCUGAGCCUUUGGAGAAGCCCGACCACCCCAAAACCUCCUUCAACUGGUUUGUGAACCCGCUGAAGACCUUCGUCGUCUUCAUCUGGCACCGGUACUGGUGCACCUUGGUGCUGCUGCUGCUGCUGGCGCUGAUCACCGUCUUCCUCCCCCUCAUCUUCUACACCAUGCCAGGGCAGAUAAGCCAGGUCAUCUUCUGCCCCCUCCACCGCCCCUAACUCACCGUGGAUACUCAUCCCAUAAUGCCAGCUCCUGCCUCCUUCCUACCGACAGGAAACCAUCCUCGGGUUCCCCUGUUUCCUCUGCCCAAACCUUCUGGGGAAUCCACCUUUGUCACCUGCACACCCACA